AACUCCGCGGAGGGCGGGAGGGAUUCCGAGAGGAGGGUCGCGGGAGCUGUGGGCGCUCUCAGCUCGGUGUCCGCGGUGUAGGGGUUGGGGCGCGCGGGACGGCGCCGUGAGAAGCGGCCGGUCUGCAUGUGCGGCCGCAGGCACCUGUUUCUGGGACCCCCGUCCCCGUGCGCGCCCUCCAGCCGUGGGAGCCGGGCCGUGGGGGCGGCCGUCGCGAGCAUGCGCACCGGUACUGCGGCGGGCGGGCGCCGAGUCGGGGCGCGGGGACGCGGGGCGGCGCGAAGCGGGGCCCUCAGCCGCCCCGCGCUCCCAUGUACGCCUUCUACUCGCUGCUCAUCUACAUUUUCUACAGCCUCUUCCGCAGAGAUGGUGGCGCCGCGGCGGCCGCGGACCCCGGGGACCCCGCCCAGAGAGCCUGCAAGUCCCGGGGUCGCCGGCGCCCGGACCUGCCCGCGCCAGAGCUGUGGACCGAGCUGACCGGCCUGGCCGGCACCUCCGAGUCUGAGGAUGGGUCGGAAGGCGGAACCGAGGGCCGCGCGGCCGCGGUGUCCCUGGAGGAGGCCCUCCUGCGCCUGGCCCAGUUCCUCUCCGUCCAGUUGGGGGCGGAAGAGAGCUGCGGGAGCCCGGCCGACCUGGGCCAGUCCGGCGAGGUGCCCCCACUGUUGACAGUGACCAGCCAGCUCUUGGCCCUUCUGGCAUGGCUUCGGAGCCCCAGGGGGAGGCAGGCCCUGCUCCAGGGGACUCAGCCAGCUCCUCGGGUCGGGCCCCCAAUUCCAGAUGGAUCCAUAUCCCAAGAAGAAAGCCCUUCCCGCAUCGCUGCAGUCCCGGGCGAGUCCCCGGGGGAUGAGGCGCAGGGACAGCAGUCCCUCCAGUUGGAGGAGGACCACAGGGCGUGGCAGCGGCUGGAGCAGCUCAUCCUGGGACAGCUGGAGGAGCUGAAGCAGCAACUGGAACAGCAGGAGGAGGAGCUGGGUCGCCUGCGCCUGGGCGUGGGGGCGACAGACUCAGAGAAAAGGGUUCAGCAUCUGACCCUGGAGAACGAGGCCCUGAAGCAGAGCCUGAGCCUGACACGGGAUCUUUUGCUGCACUGGGGCCCGGGGCCCCCCACCAGGGCUUCACAGGAGGAGGCAGAGGCAUUGGUGGAGCUCCAGGGCCGGCUUCAGGAGGCCCAGGACACCACAGAAGCCCUCCGAGCCCAGCUGGGGGUGCAGGAGGUGCAGCUGCAGGGCCUUCAAGGGGCCCUUCAGCAGCUCCAGCAGGAGACGGAGCAGAACUGCAGGCGGGAGCUGCAGCAGAUGCAUGGGCAGCUGGCAGGACUUCGGGCACGGAUGGCCAGCCUGCGUCAGGGCUGCGGGGACCUCCGAGGAUUGGUCAGCACCUUUACCCAGAGCUGUCAGGGUUCGCUGAGUGAGGCCCGGGGCCAGGUGUCCUGGGCCUUGGGGGCACUGUCAUCUGGAGGGCCUGGCACUCAGCUCCCUGAGGGGCAGGAAGGGCCCCCAGCCGGAUGCCCAGGACGGCUGCCAGAGCUCAAAGGAAAUAUCCGUGUGCUAUGUCGCCUGAGGCCAGGGACACCCUCCAGCCUAGUGAGCGUGGAGCCCGGUCCAGGGGGCACCGUCACCACCUGCUACCGGGGGCGCCAUCGGCGAUUCCGCCUAGACUGGGUCUUCCCUCCAGACGCCAGCCAGGAGGAGGUCUUCAGAGAGCUGGAACCUGCGGUGCUGUCCUGCCUCCGAGGCUACAGUGUCUGCAUCUUCACCUAUGGCCAGACAGGGACCGGGAAGACCUACAGCAUGGAGGGCCCUCCUGAGGACCCUGGCAUAGCUCCUAGGGCGCUGCAGUCACUGUUCCGGGAGAUGGGGGCUGGCAGGCCACACCGGGUGACACUCAGCAUGGUGGAGAUCUACAACGAGGCUGUCAGGGACCUCCUUGCACCAGGGCCUCCCGAACGCCUGGCUGUGAGGCAGGGCCCAGAAGGCCAGGGCGGGAUCCAGGUGGCUGGCCUCACCCACUGGGACGUGCCCAACCUGGAGACACUGCACCAGAUGCUGAGACUGGGAAGGAGCAACCGGGCCACUGCUGCCACCGCCAUGAACCAGCGGAGCUCCCGCUCGCACGCCCUGGUCACGCUGACGCUGCGCGCGGCGUCUCCACCGCGUGCUCCAAGCACCGCAGGUACACUGCAUCUGGUGGAUCUGGCGGGAUCCGAGCGCGCACGGAAGGCAGGGGAGGCCGGCCUGCCGCGGGGAGACCCAGACGGCGCCCGGCGCCUGCGGGAGGCCCAGACCAUCAACCGCUCGCUGCUGGCGCUGGGAGGCGUGAUGGCCGCACUGCGGGCCCACCGGCCACACGUGCCCUUCCGCGACUCGCAGCUCACGCGACUGCUGCAGCCGGCGCUGGGCCCCGGCACCACCGCUGUGCUGCUGCUGCAGAUAUCCACGCGGCCGGAGGAUCUUGGCGAGACAGUCUGCUCACUCAAGUUCGCCGAGCGAGUGGGUCAAGUGGAGCUGGGGCCAGCCCGGCGCCGCAGGGUCCCGCGCUCCUCCGGGACACCCUCCUCCCUCAGUACUGACACUCCGCUCACCGGGACUCCCUGCACCCCUACGCCGUCCCCUGGCAGCCCUCCAAGUCCCAGACCUGACAGCGGGUCCGGCUCGGCCCUUGCGCCUGCAGAGGGCCUGCCCCUGUAGUCUUGGGUUUUGGUCCUGCCCAAGGGGACUCAGGCUAGGUCUCUGCUGGCAGAGGCGGUAGUAAAGUCCCUGUACCCCAUCUCCCAGGGCACGAGCUCCUUGGCCUCUUUGGGUCCACUGCCCCCGAACUCCCAGAGUCGCCCCUCCACCUUCGCAGCCAGUACAGUGUGUUGUGCCCGGUGAAGUGACCACUCCCCCGCCCCCAGCCCCGCAUCUGGCAGCAGACCUCCUUCCUCCUUAUCACCAUUUGCUGUUAUCACGGCACACAGCAGGGAAUCCCGAUCCCCCCACCCCAAGUGGUCAUCCAAAUCACCACUCCUGACCCAAAAAUCAGGCAUGGCAUUAAAACGUUGCAAAUUCCUUUACUGUUACCUUCCCCACCACCAGGAUCAUGUAGGGUCCAGUCUUUUUACUCCCUAACCCAUUUCCUGAAAAAGGUGCUACCUCCUUCCCAGACAGAUGAGAGAGGGCAGGACUUCAGGCUGGAUCCACCAUUAGGCUCUCCCUCCCCCAGCCUAGAGCAAGGGAGGGAGGGGAGGUGAUGGCCGGAGACGAAUGGAUGGGUGGUGGGCUGAGAAGAGGAAACGAGGAAGGGCUAUUCCAGGCUCGGCCCUGCCCCUCCAGCUUUGCCUCUGGGUGUAGGGAAACAGGCAUGACUGACCAGGGCGAGGGCUGUGCCCAGGUGGGCCACGGCCAUGCAUCAGGUAGUCCAAUAAACACCGUGGACUCCCA